AAGCUGGGUAAAGGAGGGGUACUCAUUCUGUAAAAAUGUCCUUUUCUUCUUUUGUGUAUUUGCUUUUUAACACACUGUCUUUUUAAUGUAUUUUAUUUGAUUUUAUGAUCGGCGCUUUGAGCUUCUUCCGAAUGAAAAGCGCUAAAAUAAAUAAAGUUUGAGAAAGUCUUUGCUGCAAAACUACCGUAAGUUGUGUUAGCGGAAGUGACGUAUGUUUCGCGCAUGCGUGGUCAGCGGUGCAGCCGAUUUGCUUCCGCACACAGAAAAUGCAGCGACAGGUGUCUUCAACACACAUGUUGUGAUUCUAUAAACGGGACAGUAAAGAUGGACAGCAGCGAAGAGGAGCUGGACGCAGAUGACGAGCAGUGGAGGAGCCGCUUCGUGGAUUCAGAAGAACCCGCCACUUCCGGAAUGAGUGUAAAUAAGUCCUCAGGAGGUCACAGGGUCAUUCUCCACUUUGACCUGGACUGUUUCUACGCUCAGGUGGAGAUGAUCAGAGAUCCUUCUCUGAGGGACGUUCCUUUAGGCAUCCAACAGAAAUACAUCAUCGUCACCUGUAACUACGUGGCGAGGGAGCGCGGCGUGACCAAGCUGAUGUCCGUCACCGACGCCAAAGAAAAGUGUCCGGAGCUGGUUCUGGCGCGAGGAGAAGACCUGACGCUCUACAGAGAGGUUUCCCAUCAAGUGACAGAGCUGCUGUCGUCCUUCUCUCCUCUGGUGGAGAGACUCGGCUUUGAUGAAAACUUCAUGGACGUCACAGAAAUGGUGGAGAAGCGGAUGGCAGAGACGCCUGAAGAGUUUUCGUUUUCUGGACACGUCUAUAAUCCUUCCAACGCACAGAUCCGCGCCUCCGAUCACCCCCGCCUGGCGUUGGGCUCCCACAUUGCCGCCGAGCUGAGGGGCGCCAUCCACAGCAAACUGGGCCUGACGGGCUGUGCCGGCAUCGCCUCCAACAAGCUGCUGGCCAAACUGGUUUCCGGUACCUUCAAACCCAACCAGCAGACCGUCCUGCUGCAGGAGCACGUCGGCCACAUCAUGGAGUCCCUCAGCGGAGUCAGAAAAGUACCAGGUGUGGGCCAUCAAACGGCUAAAAGACUCCUGCAACUGGGCGUGGUCAGUGUGAAGGAGCUGCAGCUCCUCCCACUCUCUGACCUGGUGAAGGAGUUUGGGGGCGCCGUUGGUCAGCGCUUGAAGAAGCUUUCCCUGGGAGAUGACGACUCACCUGUCACCCCCAGUGGGGCUCCCCAGUCUCUCAGUGAUGAAGAUUCCUUCAAAAAGAUGACCUCCACCGACGAAGUGGUGCUGAAGAUCCAGCAGCUCCUCAGCAGCCUGGUGGAAAGGAUGCAGAAGGACGGCAGGCAGCCUCAAACCUUCAGGCUCACCAUCCGCAGAUACACACCAACCAACAAAUGGUUCAGUCGGGAGAGCCGGCAGUGCCCCAUCCCGGGUCACCUGGGGCAGAAGAUCUGCUCUGGCAGCGCCGAGGACGCCGUCGUCCCGCUCGUCUCUCUGGCCAUGAAGCUCUUCCAUAAGAUGGUGGACGGCGGCGCCUCCUUCCACCUGACGCUCAUCAACGUCUGCUUCAGUAACCUGCAGAGCCGAGCCGCCGCCAUCGGUGGGAAGGGCGCCAUCACCGCGUUCUUCUCGCAGAACCGCUCCCCGGGGAAAAGAGGAACUCAGGACUCCUCAUCUCCGAGCGUGGAUGGUCGCUGCCCGGGUCGGCGUGUCGGCCGGCCCGCCGCGGUUCCUCAGGGACGCUCCUCUGGAUCUGAGGGGGAAUUUCAUGGCUCAGAGGGGAAACAAAGCUUCUUUGAUGCUCUUCCAGAAACUACAGACGUUCCCCGCGGCGCACAAGGAUGCAGUUCUUCUGCAACCGGCAGAACUCUACCAGCAAAUGUCGACCCAGAGGUGUUUGAGGCCCUUCCAGAGGAGAUCCAGAUGGAGCUUUUGGGUUCUGCUUUCCUAAACUCUCCGUCUAGCACCUCCAGCUGCUCCUCGGCCGCUGGUGCUCUCCGUGUGUCUUCUGACAAACCUUCAAAGACGUUCACAGAAAAAAGUUUGGAUGCAGAAAAAUUCUGGAAGGAACCUGAUCCAGCCGACCAAGCAGAUCCUUCCUUGACAGGAAGUAGAACCUUCUCAGAGGAACCAGCUUUCUCUCCGUCACCCGACUACGAGCUGCCGGGAAACGUGGAUCCUGUGGUGUUCUCCCAACUUCCUGCUGGAAUUCAAAGGGAGCUGAGGUCCGAAUGGAAGCAGCAGAAGCCGGUUCUGAAGGUCCCGUCCAGCAAAAGGUCCAGCAGAGACACAAAGGCUGUGGGCGGAGCCCGUCAGCUCAAUAACCUGCUGAAGUAUUUCAAACCGAGUUAGAGGAGACAGAGAGUUCCUGUGAGCUUCAGUCCAGAGGAACCUUCAGCUGUUUGAGAAUAAAAGACUGUAACCUGA